AUGAUCCAGCAGUUAGAGCCAAUCCUUGGGUAUCUAUCCGACUGCUCUAUCACGCAUCGCGACUACACGCAGUUUGACCUAAACAAAGGACAAGCAAAAUCGCUAGUACUUUCCAGUGCGUUGGCGCCACAACCAUACAUGUCGACGGUGUGGUCGAGUGGUAAGACGUCGCGUUGUGGCCGCGCCAGCCUGGGUUCGAUUCCCAGCACCGCCCAACUGCCCUUGAUCACGAUUGAAUCGCCUGCUUCGAAAAUACGCAAGAUCAACUCGCAAUCUGCUUAUGUAUCGAAGAACUGGCGCUUGGCGCGGUUGUCCUCCUCGGAGGAUAACAUUGCGUGA